GAAAUCGUGUUAUGCCUCUCUAUAUUCAUAGUUUCAUACUGUGUCUUGCUUGCUCUUCUUCCACAGAUUUUUUAUGUCUGCCUUCUCUCUUAAUUACUGGGAAAUUCGGAAAUAUAUUCCAUUUGAAUAAUAAGGAUACAGAUACAAUCGACACACUUUGUGCUUCAAGAUUUUUCACCUAUACAUAGUUCGGAUCCGAAAAUAAACAAUGAUUGAUAGUGUUGUUAACUAUGCACUGGACAAUUUGUCACGGCUGCUUGUUAGUGAAGUGACUUUGCUUUCUAGCGUAAAAGAUCAAAUCAGGUCCCUAAAUGAUGAACUGAAGUUCAUGAACAUCUUUAUCAAGAGUUCUGAAGGAAAGCGUGAGGAUCCAUUUGUGAAAGAAGUGGUGAACCAAAUCAGAAAUGUAGCAUACCAAGCUGAAGAUGUAGUAGACACCUAUGUCGUCAAUGUCAACAAUCAAAGAAGAAGAAACAUGUUGGGGAAGUUCUUCCACAGCAAAGACCAUGUGAUGAUGUUCCAUGAGGUGAGUGAUCAGAUUAACAGCAUCAAAAGAAGGAUCGAUGAGAUUUAUCAAAACAAGUCUAAAUAUGGCAUCCAACAAGGUGAUUUUGAAAGUCAUACAGGAAACAAAGAAUUUGCAAAAGACUCGUUGAUUGCGAGAAGGAGGGAUGUGGAAGAAGAGGAGGUAGUAGGCUUGGUGCAUGACUCUGAUGAGGUGAUUAACCACCUCGCCAGAAGAGGAGAUUCGAGUCGUAGAGUUGUUUGCAUAUUAGGCAUGGGUGGCUUGGGAAAGACCACUCUUGCUCGAAAGAUCUACAACAGCAACAAGAUCAAGAGCAUGUUCCAGCGUCAUGUGUGGGGUUUUGUGUCCAACGAUUACAGAGCACAAAAAUUACUACUGAGCCUUUUGAAGUUUUUGGGGUUAUCCACAGAGGAGUAUAAAGAUUUAACUGAUAAAGAGAAAAUGAAAAGGAAAGUCAGAGAAUGCAUGAGUGGAAAGAAAUACCUGGUAGUCCUAGACGACAUCUGGAAUAUUCAAGUGUGGGACGAGUUGCAAGAAGCCUUUCCUGAUGAAAACAAUGGUAGCAGAAUAUUGAUAACCACACGUAUUGAAGAUAUCUCUCAUUAUUCAAGAGCAACCUUCACCUAUAGACUUCCAUUUCUUGACGAAAGUCAAAGUUGGGAAUUAUUCUGUAAAAAGGUGUUUGGUAAAGAAAAAUGUCCUCAUGAACUUGAAGUUCCUGGAAAAGAAAUGGCUAAUGCUUGUAAAGGUUUGCCACUUGCCAUCAUUGUGUUAGCAGGUAUGGUUGCCAAAAAAGAGAGGUCACCAAGAGAAUGGCUUAAAAUUAAGAAUCAUGUUUCUUGGUAUCUUGUUCAGGAGGAAGAAUAUCGAAUUGUGACCAAUAUUCUGAAGCUUAGCUAUGAUGACCUUCCUCAAACAUUAAAGCCAUGCUUUCUUUAUUUGGGAGUGUAUCCUGAAGAUUAUGAAAUCCAUGUGAGAAGAUUGUGUCAACUGUGGAUAGCUGAAGGGUUCAUUCAGAAAAAAGAAGUUGGACCAUCAAAUUCACUAGAAGUAGAAGAUAUUGCUGACAUGUAUUUAGAUAAGCUGGUGGAACGGAGCUUGGUGCAAGUGGCAAGUAGGAGGAGUGAUGGGGGUGUGAAGACAUGUCGAGUCCAUGAUCUUCUUCGUGACCUAUGCAUUUCAGAGAGUAGGGAAAAUAAAUUUAUGGAAGUGUGCACAAAUUUGGAUGCUAUUAAGUGUAAUUCUCGUAGGAUGUCUCUCCAGUAUAGAGGAGAACUGAGGCUAACCGAAGAUACCCAAUCAUCUGCACGCUCUCUGCUUCUGUUUGGUGAAAGCACUUUCUGGGAGAAUGAAUCACAAGGGUGGAAACAGAUAAGGAAUGACUUCAAGUUGGCUCGUGUAUUGGACAUGAACCAAGUGUUGCUAUGUUUAUCACCUCGUGGAUUGAAGACAUUGAUCCAUCUAAGGUUUUUGAAAGUCACAGCAUCUUCUACAAGAAUUGGAAAUGAUGUUUUAGCUUCUCUAUGCAACCUUUGGAAUCUAGAAACGCUAUACUUAUGGAUUGAAGAGCCUAUUACUCUACCAAACAAAAUAUGGAAGCUCAAGUCACUCAGGCAUGUGUAUUUAGACAUUGAUGUUUACAGUUUAAAAAAAAUGUGGCAUAUAGGAGCAUCAAUAUCGAAGAUGAAAAUUGGAGAAACAAAGGUGGAGAAUCUUCAAACACUGAAUAACAUCUAUCUUAAUGCAAGAACAGCAAGCGUCCUAAAAAAGGGCAUGUUCCCCAACUUGACAAAAUUAACUUUGCGUAAAGGGCCGCCAGAAAAAGAAUUCUUAGAGAACAGUUUGCGGUGCCUAAACAAACUCCGAACGCUAAAGCUACUUUGCAUCGAGAAGCUUCCAUUAGAUCCGAAUGCGUAUCCUACAAAUCUUACCAAGAUUACCAUAGGAUACUUUCCUCAACUGGAUGCAAGAAUGAUAAAGACCCUGGGACGGCUAUCCAAACUGCAAAUCUUGAAACUCGUUGACGGAGGCAUAUAUGGCGAUGUUAAUUGCGUAGCUGGUGACUUCCCACAGCUUCAAGUACUACAUCUGAGUGAGGUUCAACUGGAUGGUAGAUGGAAGGUAGAGGAAGGAGCAAUGCCUCAGAUUCGAUAUUGCAACGACCCUCUCAUCCUUGACUUAGAGCGAUAAGGUUAUAUUCAUCAUCAACAUUUGACCUUUGUUUUUCUUGUGUCUUGAUUACCGUUUAAUAUCUUUCCUUGGAUAUGUAGUUUCAUUACGAUGUUGUGUGUUUAAUUUGUUGGUUCAUUGUAAAAUAAUUAUGCGGAUAUUGAGGAGUUGCUUUAAUGUAUUUGUGUGUUUAUUGCUUGA